UUUUUUUUUCUAUUACUUCUUUGUCAGACUCAUCGUCUGAGCUCUAUUUAUCUUACUAUCCCCCUCAACCCCCCUUUACCACAAGUGGUAUUGACUGAUCGACGCGUUCUUGUCGGUAUCCUCAAUUUCCAUCACAAUCCCCUCAACUAGUGUGGGGUCGAACGCGAUAUGGGCGACGGAUCUGACUAUCCUAGUCCUCGAAGUGAAGCUCCGCACGGAGCUGCUGCUGCCUCAGUACUCGCCUCUACAGCUGAAUCCCUUUCAAUUGCCAGAAUGAACGAGCAGCAACCUCCCAUGAACUACAACAUAGAGGGCACGCGCCCGCGCCUUUCAGUUCGGCGCGCCCGGGAUCCUCCCAAGAACACUGAGGGUCAGAUCUACUGUGAUCACCCAGAAUGUCAGGCUCAACCUCCAACCUUCCGCCGUCCUUGCGAAUGGAAUAAACACAUGGAUAAACAUGAUCGCCCUUACAAAUGCUACGAGCCAGGCUGCGACAAGAUUCAAGGAUUUACCUACUCAGGCGGCCUCCUUCGCCACCAACGCGAAGUACACAAGAAGAAUACCGACGCCAAGAAGCCCCUCAUGUGUCCCUAUGCCGACUGCAACCGGAGUACAGGAAACGGGUUUACGCGUCAGGAGAAUCUUCGGGAACAUUUGCGCCGUCGCCACAUGCACACUGACGACAACUCCCAGGGGCUUAUGGUGGAAAUGCCUUGGGAUCGCGCCAAUGAGCUCGAGGGUGUCCGUGCCAACUCACUUCCCGCCACCGGAGUCAAGCGCCGGUUUGACUCACCCAACGAGGAGCAGCAACUACCCGAAGAGGAAAAUGGUGACCUCCAUAACGAAGUGAAGCGACUGCGCCGCGAGGUUCAAGAGAAGGACCGUCGCCUUGAGGAGCUGGAGCGCAUUGUGGCGGAUAUCCGACAGGCGAUCCCCCAGUCUACCCAGACCGAUCCUGAUACCUCCGUGGCACAGUCUCUUCCUGCCGUUCCUCAGGUUGCUGUGCCCCAAGUUUAAUAAUCUCCAUUCAUGUCUACACGUUCCUUACGGCUUCUUCUUAUAUUUGUUAUGUUCCGUUUUUCCGUGCAUUCUGUGGGCGUUCACCAAAUCUUCCAAAGGCUUGGAAAUUCGCUUGUCUUUGUUUCUGUUUAGCAUCUUGGGUCCGGUUGUGCUCAAUACCUCUGGCGAGGAUUUUCCUAGCCAUCUGGUAUGGCGUUCUUGCUUGACAUUGAUGGGGUAGUGGUGUUUUUCUUCCAGAGGAUGUAAGCUCGUGCUGUGUCACCUCAUAUACCCCGGUUUCGAGGAUGUCGUGCUAUUUUUCUCCUCAAUGUCAGUUUAUUAUCUUUCGAUAUCUCAUACAAUUUGUAUUUGUAUUACGAGUCAA